CUCAAACGCAGCCGCGGAAACUGACAGCGGACGAUCGGUGAGAGAGCUCAAGAGAGAGCGGCGAACAGAAGAGUCGAGAAAAUGCAGAUCUUCGUGAAAACCCUAACCGGGAAGACGAUCACCCUCGAGGUCGAGUCGAGCGAUACCAUCGACAAUGUGAAGGCCAAGAUUCAGGACAAGGAAGGUAUUCCUCCGGAUCAGCAGAGGUUGAUCUUCGCUGGGAAGCAGCUGGAAGAUGGUCGUACUCUUGCGGAUUACAAUAUCCAGAAAGAAUCGACUCUUCAUUUGGUUCUGAGGCUUCGUGGUGGCAUUAUCGAGCCAUCGUUGAUGGCUUUGGCCAGGAAGUAUAACCAGGAGAAGAUGAUCUGCCGCAAGUGCUAUGCGCGUCUCCACCCCCGUGCUGUCAACUGCAGGAAGAAGAAGUGUGGACACAGCAACCAGCUGAGGCCGAAGAAGAAGAUCAAGUAGAUUGUUAGUCUGGAUGCUGGGAUGCAGUUACUGUUAGGUUACUGGAUAUUCUGUUUUGUUGCUGUCAGAAAUUUUGGUGUAUUAGUUUCAUGACUCGAAUGCUAGUACUGGUUUCUUUGUUCGAUCUGUUGUGGCAGUACACUAUUACUGAAAUCUUAAUGCAAUUCAGUGCUGUUUUACUUUGAAAUCUAAUUCUCUAGAAUGGU